AAUCGAUGCUAUAUGCCUGCAUGUGAUUAUAUUAUAAAAAUCAUGCAUGCAGUUAUAUAGAUGUGCAUGUCAACAUUCUAAUUUUUAAUACCUUUUAGAAAACAUAAAAACACAUAACUUGGAAAGUCUACAAAAUUGGUGUCAUAGAACAGCCCCAGAUUUCUGAGUGCCUGGGAGUGUCAGAAUAUAUUUUUAGUUACAUAGUAUGAUUUAUGAUAUCCGGGAUAGAGUUUUAAAUGUUACAGUGUAUAUACUGUAGUUAUGUCUUUAAAACAAUAAAACACAGUAAAAUAUUGGAAUUAGUGAUAUCAGUUUUGACAUCACCCAUCACCCAUAAAGCACUCCCCACUCACACACCAUUGCAUAAUUUUUCUACUUUCACUUUAAUCAUGUGUAUCUCGUUUGCAUAUUUACGUCGAUACUUAAGUGGUUUAUACAUCCUUCUGCUUUAUCUGUAAGAAUUUUUAAUCUUGAUUGAUGUGAUGAGAAUCAAUUCAACACAAUUUGAAAAACAUUGUCGAGUUUAUUUGGAUACAGAACUUUCUGGAAUUUCGGAGUUUAAAUUCUCUGCUCCAGAUACGCCUGUGACGUCACUGACCAUGUCUGUACCGGUCUUACGUCAUCCCCACGUGUACCACGCCUUCAUUUCCUACUGCGCAGACGCAGACACCAGUCACGCUCGAACGAUUCUGGACUCCGUGGAGAGCCGUGGUUUUACCUGCUGUUUUGCAGAGAGAGAUUUUCUUCCGGGAGAAUGCACGUCUGAUGUAGUUGUUGACGCUAUCCAUUGUUCGAAAAAUGUAAUUCUAGUAAUCUCCCCGGCCUCGUUACAAAGUGAGUGGAGCAAGUUUGAAAUGCUGAUGGCCGUGGAUGACUCGCACCAACGUAACAACGUCUGCCUCGUUCCCGUAUUACUGGGCGGGGUCAAGGUCGACGAUCUCCCGCCACCACUUCGACCUUUGACCUGCAUAGAACUCAUGGACGACUUUAGGAACACAGAUGAUAUCAUUCAGGCCAUCAGUAAACCAGAGGAUACCUGGGAAAGUCUAUUACCUGUUGGUAACCUGGCUCACGGUUUUGCUUGGGGAUACUAUUAUGGCUACCUCAAGAUCAUUUUACCAGACUUAGAUAAGACAGUGAGACAAUGGCGAAGAGUGAACAACGCAGAAGGAAGGAUGAGUGAGAAGCUAUUUCUUUUCUUCCCCCAGAGCUGCCGAUGUCGAGACUCUAUAGCAGACGAGAGUUCCCUCAUCAAACAUCGAGGCCAUCUGCCGAUCAUUACCAAAGACAGAGCCGGCAUCAUAGAACGUCAGUACAAGAACACUAUAUAUAGCGUGACGGACGACAAUGGCGAGGACUACUUUUUUGCCGGAGAGUACAUUGGAGUGAUUCAUACGAUGUUUGAAAUGGAACAGAAUGCUACCACGGGACUGCAGACGCGAGAGAAAUACGUGCAAUCCAUGAGGUUCUACCUGACGCUCAAACGCAUCUUGGACACGGAUCCAGAAUGCUCGAAAAAAUGUAAAAUUGUAUUUUACAAAGAUGUCAAUAAUAGUUCCGACGCCAUGCCCAGACUAAUCUGCAAUGAAAUAAAGAACCAGCUACGGAAAGAGUCGUCAGACGACACGACAGUGUGUAUAACGCCAUUUAACAGCCCCUUCCCGUCCAUUAGUUCACCCGAUUUUGCGCGGUGUUCUCUAAAAAGCUAAAGUUCCACAAACAUGGUUAAAAGUGAGCCAAACAUCUACCGGGAAGAGAGCGGGAAGACAAAGUCAGUGGAAAGAGGAUAACGUGUUGAUAACAGGAUUCUAUGGGACUGUCGCCAUGUUCGCUUUGCAAGGCAGGAAAAACUGCUGACUGUAUUAAACAUUUGUUCGUGUCGCUCAACAACUCAAUGUCUGGACCACCAUAGAGGUUCUGGAAGUUGACCUUGUAUACUUUCCUUUGAAUACUUAGUAUGCUACUAUUAGUUUGAUAUUCUUCCGUUGGUUACCAUUGCAAGAACCCUCUGGAGAAAUUGAUUGAUUAAAUAGCUCUUAUACAUAUGGUUCCAAGUCAAUGAAAAUAAGUUGGGCGCAAAAGAUAACUAUUUUCAAUGUACAUAUAUUUGAGUGUUAAUUAAUUUAACUCGGAAUUUCUUUAAUCCGUAGAAUUCUACGGUAUUGGUGCUACAUGAUGUAAUUAUGGAGGCUGGAAGGUCAACAAAUUCACCGUCAGAUCUACGUAACACUCUAAGAUACGAUUUGUUUACCUAGUAACUAUUAUAAAGAAAAAAUCCACGUAUUUUUUUACCUUUGGAUUUGGAUAUUUUUAUUUUUAUUGUAUGUAGCUCUUCUCCUAAAGGAGAUCAAUACAGAAUAUGAUAAAAUCAUGUCUAUAUGAGCUCAAUUUGCGCUAUCAUAUUGAAUUCUUUUUUGUGUCUGAUGUACCAGUGUUUUACAACAAUUUACAGUCCAUUUUGUUCUAUUUGUAUUCUUGUAUCACAUUAAAUAUGUCCUUCUACUUGCCAUAUAAACAUUGAAUAUUGUGAAAAUAUGAUUAUCUUAAGAUCACCGAGAGUCAAAUCUGUGUAAUAUACCGCAGCGGUUACUGUAAACUCCUUAUUAAACGCGAGGAAUUAAUUUCCGCGUAAAAUCGCGAGAUGCAGUCCUCGCAGACUUUUAAAUCUCGCUCUUAUUUUUCAGACAGUUUUGUGCUAUAUGUAAUCAUAACAAAAAGAUAGUGCUCGCGAUUAUAUAUUUUCGUAAUUUGAUGCAAAAAGCGGAAGCAUGGAAUUAAGUACUCGCGUAAAAUAGGGAAUUUACAGUUAUACUAUUGUUGU